GAGAAAAAAACGAUUCCCGUCGACGCUGUAGUAGAUUUGCUCUUAGCUCAUUUUUUGGCACCGUUUCUCCAUGGGAGUUCUUGCAUUUACUCUUUACGUGAGAGAGGAAGAAAGAAGGGUAGAGUGUUAGUGCUGGGUUUGUGAGGGACGGGGUUGUUAUUAUUAUCGCUGCUUGUUUUUCACCCCCCUGUCCUGGCGAAAGCUCAAGCGCUAAAAUGGAGGCGGAAAGAUCCGGUGGAGUAGCAGGGGGAACAAACCAGAACUCUGGAGGCAGCGGCGUGGGGCGCAACCCGAACGGGCCGAAAUCAGUACUCGGGCAAGCGACAACAGCAGCCGCCGCCGCAGCAGCAGCAGCCGGAGCGAUGGCUGGAUCGUCGCAGCCUCGAGAACCACAAGACGGCGACGCAGGCCUAUCGCUUCCCGGGAUCUUGCACUUUAUCCAGUUCGAAUGGGGACGCUUCCAGACCGAGAAAUAUCGCUGGGAAGCAGAGAGAGAUGAACUCAGGGCUCAGGUGACGUUCCUGCAGGGUGAGAGGAAGGGGCAGGAGAACAUGAAGCAGGACCUGGUCAGGCGGAUUAAGAUGUUGGAGUACGCCCUGAAACAAGAGAGGUCCAAACACCAGAAGCUGAAGACAGGCAGUGACCAGAGCCCAGGGGAGAAGAAACCAGAGGCAGAACAAGUGCCUAAUGGGCCAGCAGAGUCUGAAUCCGAGCCAGCCAAUCAGAUGUCCUGGAAGGAGGGCCGUCAGCUACUGCGCAAGUACCUGGAGGAGGUGGGCUACUCGGACACCAUCCUGGACAUGCGUUCGAAGCGUGUGCGCUCCCUGCUGGGUCGUACCAGCCCCGAGGCUAACGGCGCCCCGGCCAGCAGCGAGCAGCAGUCCGCCCCGGACCCCGAGCCCCUGGCAGGGGGGGAGUCACUCCUCAUCAGACAGAUAGAGGAGCAGAUCAAGAGGAACGCGGCGGGGAAGGACGGUUGUAAGGAGCGUCUGGGCGGUUCCGUGCUGGAUAAGAUCCCCUUCCUACACGGCUGCCAGGAUGAUGAUGAGGAUGACAGUGAUGAGGAAGAUGACUUCCAGGGCAUGGGCACGGACCGUGUAGACGGGCAGCGCAACAAGAACAAGAAGCCGCGCGUUAAGAUGGGGACUGAGCCCAUGACCACAGACCUGGACCCUGAUGAUGAGGAGGAGGAUGAAGACGACUCGGAGGAUGCCCUGAGCGAGUUUGACUUCCUGGGAUCAGGGGAGGAGGGGGAGGGGGCGGGAGAGGCCCGGAUCUCAGGGGACGGCCGGGAGUUAGAGAACCGCAGGAACAAGUUACAGGGCAUGAUGUCGGACUUCCCCCCCAAACCCUCCCCGCCCCCCUCUGUUUUGGGACAGUCUCGCUCCGGGGAAGGUGGCGCUCUGGGUUUUUCCUCUGACGUCUUCAUCCUGGACGCCGUCGGGGGCGGAGACAUGAACCUGGGAGAGCUGGCUGACCUCACCGUCGCCAACGACAACGACCUCACCGUGGAUCUACAGGAUAACCGGGAGGAGUUCAAGAAGACGUGGAACCCUCGCUUCACGCUGCGUAGCCAUUUUGAUGCCAUCAGAGCGUUGAUGUUCCACCCCAGCCAAGCCGUUCUACUCACAGCCUCCGAGGACGGAACCCUGAAGCUGUGGAACCUCAACAAGGCCAUACACUCCAAGAAAAAUGCAGCGCUGGACGUUGAACCCAUCUACACCUUCAGAGCCCACAGUGGUGCAGUUCUGUCUCUGGCAAUGGGAGAGGACGGAGGUUCGUGCUACAGCGGGGGCCUGGACGGAACCGUGCGCUGCUGGAAGAUCCCAGACCUCAACGUGGAUCCCUACGACAACUACGACCCGGGCAUAGAGAGCAGUGUGUUGUCGGGUCAUGAGGACUCAGUGUGGGGUCUGACGUAUUCUGCCCACCACCAUCGGCUGGCCUCCUGCUCUGCAGACGGGACCGUUCGCAUCUGGGAACCCCAGAACUCUGCCCCCUGUCUCUCUGUCUUCAACAAGGAGAAAGAGCACGGAACACCCACCUCGGUGGCCUUUGUGAACUCUGACCCCGACCAGGCGGUGGUGUCAUUCGACGGAGGCGAGACGCUGCUCUAUGACCUCAACACAGAGCAGAGCAUCAUGGUCCUGGAGACGGGCACUAAGGACGGCAGUAAGCUGAUAAACUGUGUGGUCAGCCACCCCUCUGAGCCCAUCUCCAUCACCGCACACGAGAAUCGCACUAUCCGCUAUCUCGACAACAAGACAGGUAAAGUGAUCCACUCCAUGGUGGCACACCUGGAUGCUGUCACCUGUCUGACCACGGACCCCAAAGGCACUUACCUCAUCUCUGGCAGCCAUGACUGUUCGGUGCGUCUGUGGAUGCUGGACAACAGGACGUGUGUGCAGGAGAUCACGGCCCACAGGAAGAAGCACGACGAGGCCAUUCACGACGUGGCCUUCCACCCCUCGCAGCCCUUCAUCGCCUCGGCCGGCGCCGACGCACUCGCCAAGAUCUUCGUCUGAGAGGAGGCACAGACGGGGACCAUCAUCCUCCUUGCCCGACAAACACAACUUGGCCAGAGGAGAGUGAUGACUACAAUGGACAAACCUCACCUGCCUACACAUGCAAUUCCACAUUCACACACACACACACACACACACACACACACACACACACACACACACACACACACACACACACACACACACACACACACACAGACAUCCAGUGACAUACACACACAAAACUGUGUCCUGCACCCCACUGGCUGGGUCAUCGCCAACAGGACACUAUUACCCACAGUUCUCUAGCUGUCCCAUGAUGCCUCAGUAGCUUGUUGCAAUACUAACCAUACUGCUUUUCUAACGACUAAUCUGGCUGCUCGGUUUAUUAGGUCAGUUUACUACACUAUAAUACUCUAUUCAUUUCUACCUUUAACAGUCCACUCAUGGUUAUAAUAAGGCUGUGUGUGUGUUGACAUUGAUCACUACGCAUGCCGAUGCAUCACCUACUACAAUUAGUGACGCGCGCGUGCACACACGAGUUAACAUUCAGUUUGAAACUGUGUUUCUUUUAAAGUUUUUUUUUUUAAUAUAAAAAGCUUAGCUCACCAGUUGCUAACACACAUAAGUACCUGACUACAGUAGAGUCCAGUCCCCAUCAAGUGACGACAUUAGCCAUUGUCUACUGCAAUACAGCGUGGGGCCACAAUGCAUUUCAUUCCAAAGACUUCUGAGGGUUUUAGUUUGUGUGUGUUUUGGAGCCUUCUCCUAACCAGUGUUGGACAAACAGCUUUAAUUUCAGCCUCAUCGCCGAGACACUAAGUCUGAGUGUUUGUGUGUCCGGUAUUGUACGGUCAUCCAUUUCAGUAGAAUCAAGUUUGAUAGGAAAGGGGUGUGUGUGUGUGUGUUGCACUUGUUUAAUCUUUGGUGCUAAGAUCUCGUCAGUCCGAGUCUGAAUCAGGGACCUGUUUGCAUUCGAGGUGUGGGUGUGUGUGUGGGGAGUACUGUUUGUCUCACUGGGAUAUUUGUCAUCAACAGUAGCAUGCGUCACUCUCCAGCCAUGCCAUCUGUUUGUGUUGAGAUACUGUAUGGGUCAUUUUUAUCUCAUAAGAAGACUAACACGCUAUGCUAAGCAGACACUUUUCUACUGGUUUCCUUUUAUAUUUGUGUGUGUGUGUGUGUGUGUGUGUGUGUGUGUGUGUGUGUGUGUGUGUGUGUGUGUGUGAAGUUGGCCUUUGUCAUUUCAUCAGGAUAGCUGGUUUGUGAAAGAGUUUGUGGAGAUGAUGCCACAGUGGAGACCUCUGACUGAAACGGUUGACGUUGAGAGAAAGUGACCCUACUCCCAAUAUGGCGUCCUGUAUUCUCUCUCCCUUAAGUCGGCAUCAAGUCAGAAUGGUCCUUGGUGCCGGUGUAUUUAUUUAGGCUUGCGCUUGGAAACAAUCAUAUGAUCCAUUGAAAUAGCUGUUGUUGAUUAGGUUUCUGGUUUUGGUGCGAGUCCUCAUAGUGGGAAACUGGCCUCUCUCCAGUGUCAAUGGAGCCAGCAGGGGAAAUUGCCCCCAGGAUAUGGGAACAAAAGGCCCAUAAAGAGCCCUCCUUCCUCUCCCUUUCCCCUAUGGAGAGGAAACAAGAACAAACUCUACCUAACCCUUAGCCCCCCCUUACAUUGGCCUCCGACAAAUACUGAACCAGACAGGGUUGGGGUCUGUUCACCAAGCAGUCACUUUGGCCUUGGAUUAUUGUGGAGCUGUUUUUCCCUGGAAGGGACAACAAGCUUGGACAAAGAGCGAAGCCACUCUGAGCUGUGGGCGACCGCUAAAGACUUGACAUAUAGGUCAGGGAUCAGGGGUGAUGUCGUUAGGUAGCCGGUUUAUUUUUGUACUUUCCGGGGUGGAGGCAGAGGGAGCCCUACGGGCAGAUCUCUGGCUGUGGAAACAUGGUUCAACAUGGUUCCAGAAGCCAGGGCAGAGCAGGGCAUGGCAGUAAAGAAUUAAUGGUCCAGUAGCACCAUGUCAAUCGGUAACUGGCCCUGAGCUGCCCCCAACCUACUAAUCAACCCCUAGCAGAGGGACGGGGUUAGAAGUCGUCCCAAACCACUGAUUCCAGAUCAGAUAUUUCUUCAUCUCCUUAAUGGUUAAAGCCAGAAUUGUGGCUAUGGUAAUCUGAUCCUAGAUCUGUGGUUUAAGGUCAACUUUAACCAACUACAGUACAUGCAACAGGGUCACUACAGGGGUCCGAGAAUCAGGGAAAUGACAGAGGUUAACGUUUUCCUCUCCACUGCAAGACCUUAUGUGAAAACACUCUGUGGUCUGGUCAGACAGGUGUCUGCGGGCUUGGUUUAGUAAAUGUCAGCUUCACGUGUUUGCUAAAACAUGAUGGUUUCAGAUGUAUUGGUAUUUGAUGAGGCAGAGAGAAUGCCUAAAGUGCUACUGUGGCACAUUGUGUGCUGUAAUGCUUUGUUGUUGAGAGGAUAAAUAGAGUACACAGUUGUCAAUCACCCACACUAACUGUUGGUUAUAUGCUGCACUACAUCAGCUGCACUAGACCCCAAGACUAGACCAAGGGGUUAUCUGUAGCUCAGCUGUGUCUUUGUGUGGCUGUGGAGACCAGGGCCCAGUUUCCCAAAAGCAUCUUAAAGAGCGACUGUCCCUAAAAAAAAAGAAGCAACUUCUCGUUUUUGAAAAUGGCCUUACGUGAGUCAGAAACAUGUAUUCUACUGUCAAAAUUGACUACAAAGUGUCAUUUUGGUCAUAAAAGUCAGUCUCGUCCCAAAACCGUUGUUACUAAAGUUGCAUUUGAAAGCGCUCGUUAUUUUCCCGACUGCCUCAGAACAGCGGAGUGCGUCGUUAGAUGCUUCUUCUUUUUUUAAACCAUUCCUCGUCACUUUAUACACUAAACAGAAGAUCUCAGCUAAACAUAGAAUCGAGAUGUUUAUCUGUCUCUGUGAACGCAGAUAACUUAAGAACGUAGUCGACUGCUACAAAUACAAAGUUGCAAAUGUCCUUGCGAUUGUUGCAAACAAUAAGGUUCCAGAAUAAAAACUGAGCUGACUGUGGGGAGCAGACGGACAAACAAAAAGAUAAAUACAGACAGUAGGCUUAUAUAGGCUACAUACAGUGCCUUUGGAAAGUAUUCAGACCCCUUGGCUUUUUCCAUAUUUUGUUAGGUUACAGCCUUAUUCUAUAAUUGAUUAAAUCGUUUCCCCCCCCCUCAUCAAUCUACACACAAUAUCCCAUAAUGACUAAGCAAAAACGGAAUAAAAUAAGCGGAAAUAUCACAUGUACAUAAGUAUUCAGACCCUUUACUCAGUACUUGGUUGAAGCACCUUUUGCAGCGAUUACAGCCUCGAGUCUUCUUGACUAUGACGCUACAAGCUUGGCACACGUGUAUUUGGAAAGUUUCGGGCUCUAGCCGGGCCACUCAAGGACAUCCAGAGACUUGUCCCGAAGCCACUCCUGCGUCGUCUUGACAGUGUGCUUAGGGCCGUUGUCUUGUCUGAGGUCCUGAGCGCUCUGGAGCAGGUUUUCAUCAAGGAUCUCUCUUUACUUUGCUCCAUUCAUCUUCGAUUUGAUUCUGACUAGUCUCCCUGCCACUGAAAAACUUUCCCACAGCUGCCACCACCAUAAUUCACCGUAGGGAUGGUGCUAGGUUUCCUCCAGACGCUUGGAAUUCAGGCCAAAGAGUUUAAUCUUGGUUUCAUCAGACCAGAGAAUCUUAUUU